CUUUAUAUCUGACAGUUGGAUGCAUUUUCUUAUUGGUGUUUUGGUAAAUCGAAUGAUUAUUUACUAUUUGUGGUUAUCCUAAAAUGUUAUAAUUCGAAGAUGUAUUCCCUUCUGAUUUUAAUGACUUUUUUCCCCUCGAUAAUUUCCGUCAGCGUUGAAAUUCCUUCUCUGCCUCACUGUCCAGAUACGAAGGAAUCUGGUGUUGUGAUAGUCAGUACAUUAGAUGGAAAACUAUCGGCUCUCAAUUCUACUGGUUCAUUAGUUUGGCAAUUAGAAACAGGACCAGGACCCUUACUGUUAUCUAAUAUUCACAAACUUGAGCUAACAAAUAAUGGGGAAUGGGUUAGAAUAAUUCCAUCUUUGACAGGAACUCUGUAUAAAUUUGAUGGUUCAACUAUUGAUCCCAUACCAAUAACUGCUGAAGAACUUCUCAAAUCAUCGUUUCGCUAUUCGGAUGAUCUUGUUAUAGCAGGGGGAAUUGAUGUAAGAACUUAUGGAGUUGGUUUUAGAUCUGGAACAUUAUACUAUGAAUGCACUUCUGUCAAAUGUUCUAAUAAAGAUGACCAAAACGUGGAUGAUGUGCUAUUGAUUGAGAGAAGUACCCAUACAAUUAGAGCUGUGGAGCCAAGAACAGGAACUGAAAGGUGGAACUUUAGCGUAGGCCUUCACAAUGUCAAGCUUCCAAAAGUUAGCUGCAUCAACCCCAAUAUCCAGUUGUUCAACUGGAACGUAACCGCUGUUUUGCCUGAAGGAAAAAUAAAAGCGUCCAUCAGCCAUAACGAUCAAGUGCAGAGUUGGAUCCACACAUUUUCUGCUCCUAUUGUAAGAGUAUGGAGGUGGACUGGUAAAAAUUUAGUAGAAAUAAAUCUCUUUGCUCCUAGAAAUAUGCCAAACAUCAUUAUUGAUGAGUCAUUGUGCCCUUCUAUUUAUUUAGCCAUGCAUAAUAAACAGCUGUAUGUUCAUGAAUCUGCAUUCAUGCAGAGGGCUAUUCGCGGUAAAAUAAGUUCUAAUGUGGAAGUUUCUGAAAGUAGGAGUAUUGCCAAAAUACCUUGGAAACCAAUUCCUGCUUCUGCAGAAAAACCGGAGGAAGAUUCCACAGCUCUUUCUGUCUUGAAUGGGUCAGAAUAUGUAAAUGGACAAGGAUUUUACUUAUUCUCAGAAAAAGAUCAAAAUGAAAAGGACACUGUCAUUUGCCAAUCAAAUGAUAGUUAUGUUGAAACUCUGGUUGAAAAAAAUGAUGCAAGAGGACUAUUUUACUUGUUUUGUUGGUAUGGAAAGGAGAUUUCGCUUAUGGCCAUUACCCUGAUCAUCUGCCACUUCUUAUUUCGCAUGUGGCAUCAGCAACGAUUGAACCCCGAUCUUUUGUUGAUACAACCAGUAGAACGACAGAUUGUACCUGUAUCAAAUGUGCCUCAAUCAAACAUAGCUGAAUUAAACAUAGCCGAAAGAAGAAUAUCUGAGAGGGAAAAUGAUUCAUUUUCAUCGCGUUAUUUGAAUGAUUUUGAAACUAUCAGAUGUCUUGGUAAAGGUGGUUUUGGGGUGGUUUUUGAAGUUAAACAAAAAUAUGAUGAGCAGUCUUAUGCAAUCAAGAGGAUAACAUUACCUAAUGAGGGAAAAUCUAGAGAACGAGUUAUGCGAGAAGUUAAGGCCUUAGCAAAAUUAGAGCACCAGAACAUUGUCAGAUAUUUUUGUUCCUGGGUAGAAAAUCCCCCCUCUGGAUGGCAACAUGAACAUGAUAAAAUCUGGAUGGGAGAAACUUCUAUGAACUCUGAGUCUUCAGUUUCAACAUUUACUCAUAAAGAGAAACGUAGCAAGUCGGUGUCAAUAAGCAUUGAUGUUUCUCCAAUAGAACAUGACUCUGAACUGCCCUCCAUUGUUCCUGAAAUGGAUGAUGAUGAAGAUGAAGAUGAUUCCUAUAUAGUAUUUGAAAAUUCACCUGGACAGGAAAUAACAGUUUCCGAAAGUGAUAAAGAUAAUUCAGUUCCAACUGAGGAUCCCACUAGUUCUACUCAUUCAAAGAAAAAAAUUAAUUGGAGAAGACCUUCUCGUAGACAUCACUCGUGGGAUUUACGUUCGAAGAAUAAUUCUUUGGAACCGAAGGAUCCUCCAGUUUUCUUGUACAUCCAAAUGCAGUUGUGCCAAAAGGACAGUUUGAAAGAAUGGCUAAGAACCAAUAGCUACCGAGAUUAUGAUUUCGUUAUAGAUAUUUUUUCACAGAUAUUAGAAGCUGUCCAAUACGUUCACCUACAAGGGCUCAUUCAUCGGGAUUUGAAACCAGGAAAUAUAUUUUUCUCUUUAGAAGGUAAAAUCAAAGUUGGAGAUUUUGGCUUGGUAAAAGAUAUGGAAGAUCCAUUUGAUUUGGAUCAGAUAAAGAAAGGAUCAUCACCACACCGCGGACAUACUAUUGACGUUGGCACCCAUCUCUAUAUGAGUCCAGAGCAAUUGGAGAGUCGUAGUUAUAAUUAUAAAGUGGAUAUUUAUUCUUUGGGGAUUAUUUUAUUCGAGUUACUUGUUCCUUUUUCGACUGAAAUGGAAAGAGGUAAAAUGUUGUCCAAUCUCAAGAAAAACAAGUUUCCUGAAGAUUUUCAACAAAAGUUUCCUAAUGAGUAUGACUUAUUGCAAAAUAUGCUGUGCAAGGAGCCCAAUAAGCGUUUAACCACCAUUGGGAUCAUGUCAAGACCUCCAUUCAACAGGCAGGAUUCCGGAUUCAGAGAUGAAUGCCAUUACCAACUGACAAGUGUUCUGAAAAACUGAUUUCAUACUUAUUUUUAAGUAACUCUCUUAUUCAUGUGAAAGCUUUAUUUUAUAUUUAAGGACUUAACUUGUAAGAGGAACUCGAGUAGCUGUGAUCUAUAAGCAAUGUACAGUGUUACAGUUGUUAGUUAUUUCCAUAAUCUUACUUGUUUUUAGUUUUUUAUAGACUGUUCAAAUUUUAUUGGAGUUGUAAGUGUCACUCGUAUAGUAUUUUCAUGAACAUUCCUAAAUAGAAUCGAAACAUCAGUUUUUUGUUGGAUAACUUUCAGUAUAGUUUUACAUUAUAUGUUUCUAGACUUUUCAGGGUAGUCAAAUAUUUUGAUGGACUAUUUAUGGAAGUUUCAAAAUGACUUUUCUUACCAUUUCAUGAACAUUAUUAGAAUCGUCCAUAUUUUAGGUGAAUUUCAUUCACAUUUAUUAAGUUUAUUUACUUCAAAAAACUGUAUUCGUUCAAUACCUGUAUUGUGAUUGAACUACUUUCUUUGCAUAUUUAUUCCCAUUUAGAAUGAUCUUUAUUUUUUACUUUGCAAACUUUUGUUAGAUGGCCAGUUUGUACAUCAAUGAUUAUGCAUUUUAUCGUUUUUUCAUUAUCUAACGAUUUUUUGAGGUUUGCCAAGUUCUACCACAUUAUUUUUCCUACUAGUUUUGAAUUUCAGGCUAUAUUAGUAAUUGAAUAAGUUUUAAGUGCAAAGAACUGAAUCAAUUUGUUGCAUUUAAUGCUCAUUUAUUUUCAUAAAUAUUAAUAAACGAAUAUUUUUCAUAA